GGCUCCACCAAUACUCGAAUUUCAGUUGCUGGAACAUGCCUUGAGUUUUCACGCCUGCAGCCCUGGCAGAGUCUUCUGUCUGGGGGCCCACUCUUCCCUGCAGCCCCUGCAAAUUCAGCCAAGAUGAGAGAGCCCAACUUCUCUCUGAAGUGUCUCCUGAUGCUUGUAAUUCCCAGAGAGUUCUGUAGGCGUCUUUAAUCGCCUGAGUCUCUCCGCGGUGGGUGGUGGCCAUUUGUUUAACUUGCCAGGGAGUUUGUUUUAGACUCUAAGCCCCUAGAGGGCCAGGCCCAGCGCUUAGUCAUAUCUACAUCCACAACAGACAGAGGGCGAUUUACCCGGCCACUGGGGGGACAACCUGGGCCCAGUGAGGUUAAUCAGGCUUCACAAGGUCGGGUCUGCUGACCCCACUAAUCAGCUUGAGCCUCCUAAUCCAUCGCCAGCAGGAACUUCAGGACGGAGGGCAGAGGCUCGGGAGAGCUGGUGGGGGCCAUCUUGGCCUUCUCCUGCAGACUCGGUCCGGAGGGGAUGGGGCAGCUGAGACAUGUGCACCACCCUCUUCCUGCUCAGCACCUUGGCCAUGCUGUGGCGCCGCCGAUUUGCCAACCGGGUCCAACCAGAGCCCAAUGGAGUCGAUGGGGCAGUUUCAGGCAGCAGCUUGGACACAGACCUCCAGUCAGGCAGGGAGAAAGAGCCUCUGAAGUAAGCCCUGGUCUCUUGAGGUGGAGCUCAGCCCCAGGGCCUGGGAUCAGCUGGCCACGGCAGCUCAAGUCCCAGUGUGCCCCCCACCCCGGAAGGACAAUGUGCUGGAAGCAGCAGCUGCAGGAGGGGAACCAGGGAAAGCAGUUGUCGAGAAGGUGUUGGGAGUGAGACAGCGAAGAAAAAGACAGUGCCUGCCCUUCCAGUUAGAACAAGACCAAGACCUCGGCCUGGGAGGCCCAGUUCUACCAGCCAGACACUGCCUGACCACGUGACGGCUCCUCCUCUGGACCCCCACCUCCCCAUUUAACAGGCACGUGUCGGAAUCAGGUGGGCUGGCGCUGGCGACGUGAAGGACUAAUGGCUGUCCUCAGGAAAAGAACUGUCGACUAAGAUAAAGGGGACCAAUCAGAUGACCUCUGGGGGCCCCAGAACUUCUCCCAAUCAAGAGACUCUGAUGGACUGUGUCUGGAGGUGCUAACAAGGACUCGCUCACUCAACAGACAUUUAUGGAGUGUCUGUGUGCCAGGCACUGUGGAUGCCAAAGUGAAUUAAGACUUCCUGCCACAAACAACUAGAAAACUGAGCAAAAUAUAAGAAACAGACACUUGACGACAGGCAGCACACAGGAUGGUGACCUCACGACUUCCUGGGCAUCUGCCUCAGACAGUUCCCUGCCUGCGGCGGGGGGGCAGGGGGCAGAACAUGCAGACUACGGCGGUCUUACUAGGGUGAGGAGACACGAUCAGAGUUCAAGACAGUGUGGCGGGGCGGGGGGCGGGGGUGGG